CACACUCACGACUCCAUCCCGAAUCACGAAUCCUUUCUCAAUCUCUUCUGGUCCGCUCUGCGUUCAGUCUCCGAUCUUCACAGUCACGCGAGAUCGCAAAGCAAACGACAACUAUCGAGUUCGUGGUCGCAGUCGCGGUUGCGGUCGCGGUCGAUAGCGCGCACGGCUCGCCAGCUGCACUUCUCGAGUCUUGACCGGCCAAUUGGUGAUCACACGAAAGAGCGCAUACAUACGCCUGCUGGCUCACCUGGGUAGGCCCUGGCGCCAUGAAGGAGACCCUACUGGAUGCCAACUUUCCGCGCGAUGCACAAGGCAGAACGUACCAUGUCGGCACCAAGCCGGGAGAGGUAGCAAAUCGAAUAAUCACAGUGGGAGAUCAUACACGAGCUAGACGCAUUGCGACCAAUUUCGACGGUCCGCCUUUGUUCGAGAGUGAAUCGCAUCGAAAGUUCCUCACAAUUACAGGUCUGUUCAAAGGUGUGCCGAUUACGGUGGUCUCCAUUGGUAUGGGAUUCAGCCUGGUUGACUUCUUCAUUCGCGAAGUGCGGGCAGUCCUGCAAGGCGACAUGUUUGUGGUCCGUCUGGGAUCGUGCGGCUCGCUUUCUCAGGAUGCGCCAAUCGGCAGCGUCGUCGUUCCACUGCAGAGCGUCGGCGUCUUGCAAAAUUACGAUGCUUUCUUGGAAGACGCUGCAAAUCCAGCCGCUGAUGCUGCGCGAUGUUACCAUAUCACAAAGCCCCUCCCGGCGGAUGCUGUCCUCCACAGAGCGCUUGUCGACGCCUUGAAGGCACGCUUGCCUCCAGCACAAGAGUCUGUGUUUGGCGGCCGCCAGCCAUCCGUCGUGGAUAAUCUCGUCAAUGCUAGCACAGACAGCUUCUACUCCUCGCAAGGCCGGACCACACCGUUCUUCGAAGAUCGCAAUAGCGCAUUGAUAGAACGCAUCCAGGCACACGGCGUCUCUACAUUCGAGAUGGAAACCUAUCUCUUGUCUCACCUGGCCCGAUCGCACAACCGCGCAGUGCACACAGCAACCGACGGCGAGAUGAGGGUCGCUGCGGCGCAGAUCGUGUUUGCCAAUCGUACAACAGCUGCAUUUGUCACGCCCGCGGAAGUUGAAGUGUUGGAGCGCUGGGCUGGUGGUGCCGUCUGUGAAGCCCUUGUGGCCGCCGAAAUCUCUGCAGAGAGGCUGCAUCCAAAGGGCGUGUGGUCGAGGGAGUGAGCCUGAGAUACAUGCUGUCGCUCGUAGCACUUGCACAUCACCUUCGCGACCCUCCUUGCACGUGCAAGUUGCCACCCGGACGAUGAGCCAAAAGAGCGCCCUGCGACCAACAAGACUGCCCUUUGCCAUUGCAUAGACUGUCGGCCCCCCCCCUCCCCCCCCCC